AUGUUCCAGGCGGAAAGUCACAGUCAUGACAAAAUCGCUGAGAAGGUCCUCGAAUGCAAACAGCUCGCUCGGGACGUUAAGAAGAAACGUCCAAGUAGAGGAUGUCUCCCGGCUAAUCUCUAUCGAUCCUUUCCCGACCGACGCGUGAUGGAUGAACUGAUUGAGAUCUAUUUUGCUACCUUCGAAUCGUGCUACCGUAUUCUGUACGCCCCCUCGUUCCGAGAGGACUACAGGAGCUAUAUAAACCAUCCAGAAUCAGCAAGGGGUCCUCUCCUGUUACAGCUUGCUCUUCUCAUGGCCCUGACCGGUACAUUACACCGAGAUGUAAAUAUCCGCAGUGAGAUGAUGAGUAAAGCCUCCACGUGGAUCCAUAUUGCUCAGACAUGGCUUUCUGCACCAUUGGAAAAAGACCGCUUGACAUUGGAGGGCAUCCAACUCCAUUGUCUACUACUCCUUGCACGUCAGGUAAGUCGAAUAGGAGCCGACUUGGUAUGGAUCUCUGCAGGCUCCCUUGUAAGAAUAGCCAUGCAGAUGGGCUUACAUCAAGAUCCCGAUUGUCUUGAGGAGAUGAGCAUAACACAGAAGAAGAUUCGACGGAGACUGUGGUACACUAUUCUAGAGAUUAAUGUGCAGUCGGCACUAGAUUCGGGCAUGGUACCCAUGAUUACAGAUAUAGACUACAAUACCCAGCCGCCAUCUAUCGCCAUUAACGGCGAGGCACAAGACAACACACAAGUAAAUACUUCAAAUGGGAUGUCCUUUCAGCAUCUAUUGGCAAAAUCAUUACCUCUCAGAUUGCGCGCGACCAGAGUCAUCAACAAUCUACAGGACGAACCAUCAUACGAUGAGGUUCUGGCCCUUGGAGAUGAACUAGCCUUGGAAUGUGGCAAGGCUGCCAUGGCAAUUGAGCACGAUGUCUCCGACACAGACACACGUUCUGUGAGCUUUGCAUCCAGCUUCUGCAACCAUCUCCUUCGUCGCUUUCCGCUGUGCCUUCAUUACCGGUAUGCGGUCAAGGCCAAGAAAAAUCCGAUUUAUUGUUACUCCCAGAAAGCUUGCCUUUCGGGCGCCCAGAGCCUAUUAUUACUUCUUGAAGAUGAUAUGUAUCACCGUCUUCUCCUCACCGGUGGUGGUAUGUUUCGUGAUCUCAUCACCUGGGGAGCAAUGUUUAUUUUUCUCGAGUUAUGCCCGGAGCCCGAUGCAGACAUGUCGAUGUUUGCAAGGAAGACUAACCGCGCCCGCAAUCAACCAUUGCUACAAGAUGCUCGUCGUGUGGUGCAGUACGCAAGAGACAGAAUGUGGAACGGGGAAACGAAUGUUAAAGUCUACGUCUGCCUCAGCAUGAUGAUGGCCCAGGCCGAGGCUCGUCUGGGCGGCUUGCCUGUAAAGGAUGCCAUUACGAAGGCUCUGCACGAGAGUCUUGGUGAAUGCCAUAGUCUUUUGAAGGCUAUGGCUGCUGAUUCUUCCGUCAGUACAACGGAUCCGGUUCUGGAUUCAUGGGCAUCCAGCGGCCUGAUGAUGCCUUUAUUUGCUGAUUUGGAUGCCGAUUUUGACUUUUUGGGUGACGGAAACGUUGAUAUGAGCUUCCUAGACACUUGCUUUGAUCUGCAGUGA